UCCACAUGCCCUACCUCAGUAUCCUCUGUCACCCCCCACCAUUUAACUCCAAAUAUCCCAUUUCUCUUUUUUAACUCUUCCAAAGCUUCUUCUCCACACUCUCCGAUGGCGGAAUACGACGCCGUAACCACCACCACCCACCACCCAAGUCUCAUCCAAAAAGAAACAGCUCUACAAGCUAUCAACACCAUAAUCCAACUCCAUUUCGAAAAAACCCUCGAGAAAAAAAGAGCUGUAGAUUUACAAAAAAAAGAACUCUGGCGAAUGUUUCAGCUUUUCUUCCUUUUCUUGGCUUUAGUCUUUUUGGGUCAAGCUCUUUCCCCUAAGCUCCAAUGUCGCCAUUGUUGGAUACCCAUUGGGCUUCUUUCUUUAGCCCAUCUGAUUUUCUAUGUAUCUGUGGCUCAAACUUUGAGAUGCAUUAAUGGGUUUAAGUACCAAAGGAGAUGUCAUAAGCUGACAUUGGGCUUGGCUACUGAAAGGCUAAGGCAACUGAAGAUGAGAAUUGGGAAUGGUGGGGUUGAGGAAAUUGGGGAUGAAUUUGAGAUACAUUAUCAAGAACCACCAGAGAGUUAUUUUGGUAAGUUUAAGAGGAAUUGGGCUUUGCAUUUUGGAUUCUUGAUUUUCAUUUAUGGGUUCAUGGUUUCGUCCUCUGUUGUAAUCCUUUGUUUCUAAUAGGAUUGCGCUCAAUUAUCUAGAGUUUGGUUGAGGGGUAGAUUGUGGAAAUUUUGAUUAGGGUUGGGAGGAACAAUUUUGAGAAUUUAAUGGGAAAUAUUCUUGCAAUUGAUUGAAGUUUUAUGGUUUUGAUUCCUUUGGCCUGAUUAUCCAAAUUGUGGAUGUUUCAUAGAUUUCUGUAAAGUUUUGUUUUGUAUGCUUGUAUUACUAGAUUUCUAUACCUGGGGGCUGUUUGGUAGGAGGUAUAUCAAUAGUGCUGAAUAUGAUGUAUUAGUAUGGGAUUAAUUAUGCUGAUAUUAGUUAGGCUGAGAU